CUCCUCUUCCUCUUCCUCUUCCUCUGCCUCUGCCUCUGCACUGCCCUUCUCUUGCUUCCUCCACGCAGUGUCCCACCUACCUUCUUUUACUUUUAUUACCUUUCAGAGACCCCAUUGCUUCGCAUCUCAUCAUCUUCCCUCUGCUACUUGCGGUGUUAAACUUUUGCUGCCUCUUCUGCCUUCCCAGCGCCCCAAGAUUCGGAUCUGCAAGUGACAAAAUACUUCGUCGCCUUGCAGUUGGUGGAUUCAAAUACCGAGCUUUUAGACACGUUCUUCCAAGCUCCCUCUUUUGUCUUCUAUAGGGAAAUUCCCCGAACCUCGUUGGAGCUUGCUUGUGUCUCGUCACUACUACUAGGCUCCCGCUAAAUACCAGGACUAUCAGGGCGAUAGAUAGUAGGUUCCCCGAGCGGGCCGUUCCCAAUCUUUGAACUCAAUAACCUUCUCUCCCAAGCCCCCGGGUCCAAGGGAGCCCUGCCGGACAUUAUUUCCAUGCCAUUGAUUGAGACAUCAGAUUGCUAACGCUCAUCAUGCUGCAGAUCGAUUGCAUCCCUCCUUCUCUUCUUCUACAUUAACCCUCGCAUCCUCCCACCUGGAACCCAAGGAACGAGCCAACCACUGCACGGAGCGUGGGCAUGCAAUCUCACGCAGACACUUCCGACUUCGUACUAUUCCCUACCCACUUCACCGGUGACAACAAAAUGCUGGCCCUGGAUUCGUCCAGACAGCAGCAUCCCCCAUACUUCCAGUCCUACCCCAUGGAUCCUAGUACCUUUAUCGAUCCUCUUGCCUUCCAUGUGGACGAUCUAGGUUUCAGCCAGACCCACGACCCAUCCGGUGUACCCCAGUCCUCCAACUACGGUACGCCGCCUAUCUACUCCGAGUCUUUCUCGGACGCCAAUAAAGCUGCCGGAUUUCCACCUAUGCCCGCCACUCCCCCGUCCCUCCCUUAUUCUUCCGAUCACUUCAUUCCUGGACUUUCUACUGCGUCCGGUCCCUCCGUUGCCAGCGCCUCCUCCUCCGCCAUCGGAUCGCCCAAUACGGGUUCUGCGCAUGCUAUCUCGGAAGACUGGGUCCAGACAACGAAUGGCUUGGGGCUUCCCGCCGCGGUCAUGAGUGACUACUUCCCCAAUGAGUAUUUUGGCAACACGCUGGACUCGGAGGGUUUCUACCAGCAGAAAUGCCCAGAAAACUUUGUUGACCCUUCUGUUAUCCAGCCAAUGCUACAGCAGCAUCCCAUCAACCCCCCUACCAUCUCGUUCCCCGAACAGCCUGAUUAUGUCGUAUCGCAAAGCGCGUUUCUGCCCCAAUCCCCUGACCCUUCCCACCUCCAUCCCUCGGAGAGCUACGUUGCGAACCAAUCAUUCGCACAGCACCCCAGUCUUGUGCCGACCUCUUCCCCUUCCAUGGCCCCUGCCCUACCCCAGUCACGACGUGCUUCCUCUUAUGACCGGAGGUCAUCGGUCUCCUCGGUUCAGUCCCAGCGCUCUCAUCCAAGCCCGGCUGCCAGUAAUGUAGAGUCCGACGAUGACACCAAGGAAAAGGGACGAUGCCCUUUCCCGGAGUGCAGACGUGUUUUCAAGGAUCUCAAGGCUCACAUCCUGACACACCAGUCAGAGAGACCCGAAAAGUGCCCCAUCGUCACCUGCGAAUACCAUAUCAAGGGUUUCGCCCGCAAGUAUGACAAGAACCGUCAUACUCUUACUCACUACAAAGGAACGAUGGUUUGCGGCUUCUGUCCGGGGUCUGGGUCGCCCGCCGAGAAGAGCUUCAACAGGGCGGACGUCUUCAAGCGCCACUUGACAUCAGUGCAUGGCGUCGAACAGACACCACCUAACUGUCGGAAGAGAAGUCCAACUGCAGCGGCAAGCAAGGGGACAUCUAGCUACAGCCCCGAUGCGACCGGCAAGUGCUCAACUUGCUCCAUUACGUUCAGCAACGCCCAGGACUUCUACGAGCAUCUGGACGACUGUGUGCUUCGGGUUGUGCAACAGGAAGAGCCCAGCGAAGCCAUCAACCAGAAGCUGCUUUCUGAAGUCGAUGCUGACGAGGAGGUGCAAAAGACAAUGGAGAAACAUAACUUGAACGACACGGCUGGCACCGUCGACAUAUACAACGACGAAUAUGAUGAUGACGAUGAUGACGCUUACGAAUAUUCGAACCUACGCUCGGGCAAAGGCCCCCUGAAGAACACCAAGGGAUCAGGGGCGGUGGCCCGUCCUAUCUUGGGCGUCAACAACGCUGUCACGAAGGGUUCGUCCAAUGCCAAUGCUAAGAUGCGUGCGACUACAUCCAAGCGACGCAACAACCGUGAUCGUUACCCUCAGUCCUGGGGUUGCCCUAGCAGCAGCAUCAAAACGAAGAAGCGUGUCCUAUGUGUCUUUGAUGGGCAGCGCCGUCUGUGUAAGGACGAGAUGAUGCUUGACAAUGAGUUCGAAGUCCGCGUCAAACUUCCGGGUGGUGCAGGAGAUGGCACCAACCGGGAAGCUUACGUGACUGACUUGGACGUCGAGACAUUGAAGCGUGCUGAGGGUGUUCUUAGUGCUAAUGACGAAGAACGCGGCCCUUGGGUCGACAACCAGUCCACCCAGCUCAUUGGACAACCGGCCGUUCUCCUCCCUGAUACGUACCGGCCGCAUGAUGCCGAGCCCAUGGACAUGACCUACUAAGUCCGGAGGAAGACAGGACCCCAUCUCCAUCCAUUCCCUUCAUUUUGUUCGAUUCUGACAUGUCAUAUUUUGCAUAUCGUGGGUUUUGCAUUUGUGGCAUGACGAGAGCGAUUUGUUUAUUUGUGUUCGACCAGUUUUAUCUUGAUACCACCAUUCUGCAGAUUUUCUUGUUUUAUUGAUGGGCACCCAUGGAGGCUGCGCCCGUGGUCCUGUAAUAAUAUCCCUUAUGUUAUUUGUGCUUGGCUAUGGAUUGGGCGUUUGGGCAACUAAAACGAGAAUUAUCUUGGAAUGCAGGUCAUGUCCUACUUGAAGAAUAGGAAGGUGAAUUUCUCAGAAUGUAGAAUUCGCGUUUGAGAGCAGACAUAAAUCAUCACAUCUUUUUUGAGCAGCGUG